AUGGAUAAGAGUUGGAUGUGGAAAGAUAGAAGAAGUGGUGAAUUUGAAAAGGGUUUGGAAUUAUUCUUAAACUAUGCAUUUAAGCAUUCAAGUCAUGGGAAUGGAAUGAUUGCUUGUCCAUGUUCAGAAUGUAAAUGUGGAGUAUGUGUGUCUAGGCCAGAUGCAAAAAUUCAUUUGAAGGUGUUUGGAUUUCUUAAGGGAUACACACAGUGGGUAGCUCACGGGGAAUUUGUAUACUCUUCUGCACCGAUACAGACCUCAGACAAUGUUCCUCAUAACGUAUCUGAUAUAGGUGAUGACAUGAAUGGUCUAGUUCAUGAAACCUUAGGAAUACCUCAACAAGAUCCUGCUAUGGCUGGUACAUUUGAAUCUAAUCAGGAACUACCAAAUUCAGUUGCUGAAAAGUUUUAUAAGUUAAUUGAUGAUUCUCAACAAGAACUCUACCCUGGUUGUAAAAAUUUUUCCAAGCUUUCGUUCAUAUUUCGCUUGCUUCACUUGAAGUGUCUGGGUAAAUGGAGUAACAAAAUCUUUGAUAUGCUUCUUGAUUUGUUAAGAGAAGCAUUUCCUGAAGCCAUGGAAAAAUUGCCUAAAUCUUACUAUGAGUCUGAAAAAUUAAUGAAAGAAUUAGGACUUGGAUAUGAAAAGUAUGAUGCUUGUCCUAAUGAUUGCACUUUGUAUUGGGGGGUAAAUGCAAAAAGAACUUGUUGUGAAACAUGCAAAGAACUUAGAUGGGAAGCAUCAGAAAAUGAUCCAUCCGGUGAGAAAAGAAAAGUCACACGUAAGGUUUUAUGGCAUUUUCCACUAAAACCCAGGUUGCAACGUUUAUUUAUGUCAUCUAAAACUGCAAAGCAUAUGAGAUGGCACUCGGAGGGUCGUACUAAGGAUGGUUAUAUGAGGCACCCUGCUGAUUCCCCAGCUUGGAAAACUUUCGAUUAUCAGCAUACAGAUUUUUCUAAGGAUCCUCGUAAUGUUAGGUUGGGAUUGGCUUCCGAUGGAUUUAAUCCAUUCAAAAGUAUGAGCUCUACUCAUAGUACAUGGCCGGUGAUUUUGAUACCUUAUAAUUUACCGCCUUGGAUGUGUAUGAAACAGCCAUAUUUAAUGUUGUCAUUGUUGAUACCAGGUCCACAUGCUCCUGGUAAUGAUAUUGAUGUAUAUUUACAACCUCUAAUCAAAGAAUUGAAAGAAUUGUGGGAGAUGGGGAUCAAUACAUAUGAUGCAUCUUGCAAACAAAACUUUCAAUUAAGAGCAGCAUUAUUAUGGACUAUCAGUGAUUUUCCUGGCUAUGCAGUUUUAUCCGGUUGGAGUACUAAAGGAAAAUAUGCAUGCCCUGUUUGUCAUAAACACACAACUUCACAACGGUUAAGGCAUAAGGAUUGUUAUAUGGGCCAUAGAAAAAUUUUGGAUCCGGCUCAUACUUUUAGGAAGAAUUCUCGAGCUUUUAAUGGAAAGGAAGAACAUGGGAGAGCUCCUGAAAAAUUGAUGGGGUCUACAAUUUUAUCUGAAUUGAAAAAUUUUCAAAUCAGAUUUGGAAAAUUAGUUGAUGAUAAUCCAACAUUGCCAUUCAGUUGGAAAAAUUUGAGCAUUUUCUUUGAUCUUCCUUAUUGGAAAGAUAAUUUAAUUCGUCAUAAUUUGGAUGUCAUGCAUAUUGAAAAGAAUAUUUGUGAUUGCAUUGUUGGGACAUUGUUGAAUCUGGAUAAAAAUAAGGAUGAUUAUACUGCACGCUGUGAUUUACGUGACAUGGGUAUAAGGCCGGAACUUCAUCCAGUUGAGAAAGAAAAUGGUAGAUUUUAUUUGCCUCCAGCCUGCUUUACAAUGGACAGGAAGGAAAAAGAAAUUUUCUGUAAAGUGCUAAAAAAAGUGAAGGUACCGGACGGGUAUGCAGCUAAUAUAUCUAGAUGUGUGAAAGUGAAGCCAGUCAAAAUUUAUGGACUUAAGAGCCAUGAUAACCAUAUUUUGAUGCAGCAGUUGUUGCCAAUAGCUUUGAGAAAAACAUUAUCGAAGGCAGUCCGCUCUCCAUUGAUUAAAUUGAGUAGGUACUUUCGAAAGUUGUGCUCUAAAGUCCUUUGUGCUGAAGAUUUAGUCCACAUGGAGAUGGAGAUUGCUAUUAUACUUUGUCAACUCGAGAGAAUCUUUCCACCAUCUUUUUUUGUUAUCAUGGUGCAUUUAUCUAUCCAUUUGGCCACCGAGGCAAAAAUUGGAGGGCCAGUCCAUUAUCGCUGGAUGUAUCCUAUUGAAAGGUAUGUGUUCUGA